CCCCGGGCCAUAACCCGCCGCCACCGCCCCCACCGCCGCAGCGGACCGAGCGCCGAAGACAGAAGGCUCGGACCCGAGGCCGACGCCGGGCGCCCGCCAUGGACGCGCCCCGCGCUCUGGCGGCCGCCGCGCCGGCACCCGGGAAAGCCAAACUGACGCACCCGGGGAAGGCGAUCCUGGCAGGCGGCCUGGCGGGCGGCAUCGAGAUUUGCAUCACCUUCCCCACCGAAUACGUGAAGACGCAGCUGCAGCUGGACGAGCGCUCUCACCCCCCGCGCUACCGGGGCAUCGGGGACUGCGUACGGCAGACUGUCCGCAGCCAUGGUGUCCGGGGCCUGUACCGAGGCCUCAGCUCCCUACUCUACGGCUCCAUCCCCAAGGCGGCAGUCAGGUUCGGGAUGUUCGAGUUCCUCAGCAACCACAUGCGGGACGCCCAGGGACGGCUGGACAGCACACGCGGGCUGCUGUGCGGCCUGGGCGCCGGCGUGGCCGAGGCCGUGGUGGUCGUGUGUCCCAUGGAGACCAUCAAGGUGAAGUUCAUCCAUGACCAGACCUCCUCCAACCCCAAAUACAGAGGAUUCUUCCAUGGAGUCAGAGAGAUUGUGCGGGAACAAGGGCUGAAGGGGACAUACCAGGGCCUCACAGCCACCGUCCUGAAGCAGGGAUCCAACCAGGCCAUCCGCUUCUUUGUCAUGACAUCUCUGCGCAACUGGUACAGAGGGGACAACCCCAACAAGCCCAUGAACCCGCUGAUCACCGGAGUGUUCGGAGCUGUUGCAGGCGCAGCCAGUGUCUUUGGGAACACUCCCCUGGAUGUGAUCAAGACCCGGAUGCAGGGCCUGGAGGCACACAAAUACCGGAACACGUGGGACUGCGGCUUGCAGAUCCUGAGGAAUGAGGGGCUCAAGGCAUUCUAUAAGGGCACGGUCCCCCGCCUGGGCCGGGUCUGCCUGGAUGUGGCCAUUGUGUUCGUCAUCUACGAUGAGGUGGUGAAGCUGCUCAACAAAGUGUGGAAGACUGACUGAGCCCCAGGGUCUGCAUGGGGCUGCCCCCAGGCACCUCCAGACCAGCCCCCACUGCCCUCUCCUCACGAUUCCAGUGCAGUCGUGCCAAAAGGCCCCCUUCCCCUGUCCCUUGCACUCCGUGGCCUGGGUCUGUCCCUUGUGGCCAUCAAGUUUACGUGUCCCAUAGUGCCGUGUGACCUCUGUGGUCUGUGUGACACUUUGCAUCCAUGAGUCUGGCUGAGGCUGGGUGACCCUCUUGCCUGUGAAUCUGUGCCUACUUGUCCAUGUGCUUACUCAUGAGCCGUGUGCCUGUGUUUCAUGUUUCGUGUCACAUGACCCUAUGCCCCAUUUCCCAGUGUGCCCAUGUGGCCUGGGUCCACGGCCCUAUAGCCAGGGCCCGGUCCCAGCCUGGUGCCUUCCACCCAGCAGGGGCACCCGCCCCGCCUACCAUAGCUGCCUCCGGGCCUCAGCCUGGCCUCACCGCAUUCCAGGGGCUGUGUGCCCCCUGCUUCUCCUGCCACUGGCCUUAACUGGUCCUCGGGCCCUCCCUCUGCCCGGGACAGGGUGGCACCUACCACUCAGGACCACCCUCCCAUGGCAGAAUAAACUGGAUCCUGUCACAG